UGUUGCUGCCUCUUGUCACAGAGAGAACCGUUCCCUUAAAUGCAGCUGCAGUACUUUGGUGUGAUACCUGUCAGAAUCAUUCACGGUGUGAGCUUGGGUUUGUAACCAUGGUGCCAAGAUUGGUCCUUCUCCUUUUCUGUGGAUAUAUUGCAGUAAACCUGGGAAGUGCUCAGAAAUUGCCCAGAGUGAAAAGACAGAGUCUGAAAGUUCAGAUCAAUGCAACAGAUGACACUGUUUGCAUGAGGUAUCUUCGACCAAGCCAAAACACCAAACUUGAAGGUUUUGUCCUGGGUUACGGAAGCAGCUUCUUCUCUAAUCAGUACAUUCCUUUACCUUCAGAUGGAAGCACCUACAUAAAUGAACUUGAUGCAGAGCCACGGUAUUUGGUUUCAGUGAGACCAGCGCGUGUUUCAAAUAACAAGAAAUCUUGUUCAGGUCGGAACAAGAAUCAAAAGCCUCUGCAGCUGGUAGUUGGCACUCUCACCCCAACUUCUGUGUUCCUCUCUUGGGGCAUCCUAGUCAACCCUCAGCAUGACUGGACAGCAACAAGUAACUGUGCUAGCGACAGGUUCUACACUGUUCGCUAUAGAGAAAAGGAUAAAGACAAGAAAUGGGUUUUUCAGCUUUGCCCAGUUACAGAAACAGUGGUGGACAAUCUGAAGCCAAACACACUUUAUGAAUUUGGAGUUAAGGACAACAUGGAGGAUAGCAUCUGGAGCAAGACUUUCAAUCAUAAAACAGUUCUGUCUAGUAAGAAAGUAAAUGGACAACUCCAGAAUAUGUACAAAUUGGUACCUAGUACCCAGUCACAGCUUACGCUAAGAGAUAAUAAGAAGUUGGUCCCUGUUACAAUAAUCAAACAAGUUAUUCAGAAUCGGACGCAGUCAAAAACUUCGGAUAGUUCUUCUCUGCCAGGAGCAAUUCUAGUGCAUCUUAUUGUUCCAGGUCUCAAUGAAACUCAGCAAAAACUUCUUCCUCCCCUGUCAAUAGAUGACAUAACUCAAGUAUCCAGAAAAAGACUGGGUAAGAAUGAAACUCAAGUAUGGCCUGCUGAAUCCAAAACACCAGAAGUUCAAGAAAUCUCGCCUCAGUCUCUCCCAGCUCAGGUUGAGAAAAAACACGGACCUAAGGAAUUUAAAUCAACGCCUAAGCCUGAAUUGCAAACUCAAAACAUAUUGGUUUCUAAUGAAAUACAUCCACUUCCUUCUGGAACCAGAAUCUUUGAUGCUCCAAAAAGUCCAUUGACAGAACUUGUUCACUCAUGUUACCCUUUAGCUACUCAGAGUCCAACCUUGAAAUCUGUAUCUCUACCUUCAGCAGAUACCAGAGAGAUGGAGAUAGCUUUUGAUGAAACGCAGCCUGUUUCGUCAAGAUCCAAAACAUCUGGUACCACAGAAGUGCAACCCACAAAAUCUGCUUCCCAUGGCUUUCUUCAUAUUACUUCUACUCCUCAAACUUUUGCAGCUUCAGAAAUGACAGAUGCUGCUGGAUUUACUGCUGAUUUGGAGAUUACCAUGCCUGUAAUUACCACAGAACCGCAUUUGUUAGAAACAGCACUGGCUACUCAGAGGCCAAAGCUGAAGCCUACUUCUCCAUAUGUUGCAAUCGAAGGAAGAGUGGAGGCAACCCAGAGAAGGGGCCCGGACUUCACCUCAACUGCUUCACCGAAAGCCACGAGGACUAUGAAGGCAACCCGGAGACCGAGGCUGAAAUCCACCACUCCUUCCUCCCUGACGACCCAGCAAACUGUGAUUGAUUUUCUUUCAGCGUUUGAUGGCAAGCAGCCUGUUUCUCCAAUAUAUGAAACAUCUACCAUCGAAGAAAUGCUGUCCUCUGUACCUGCUUUCCCAAGAUCAGACCUGGAUUCAACUUCUUUUCCUUCUCUGGAAACUACAAGAACUGUGAUGGCUACUCAGAGGCCAAAGCUGAAGCCUACUUCUCCAUAUGUUGCAAUCGAAGGAAGAGUGGAGGCAACCCAGAGAAGGGGCCCGGACUUCACCUCAACUGCUUCACCGAAAGCCACGAGGACUAUGAAGGCAACCCGGAGACCGAGGCUGAAAUCCACCACUCCUUCCUCCCUGACGACCCAGCAAACUGUGAUUGCUUUCAGUGGUAUUCAGCCUGUUCUUUCAAGCCCUCUGACACCUAGUAAGCCUGAAAUAGCAGAUACUGAACCAGCAACAAGUGAAUCCAUUCUGGAAUCUUUCACACCUAAAACUUCUCGUCCUUUUCAAUGGCCAAGGGUAACAUUAGCUCCUAAAGAAAUACCACUUACUCCUAAACUGAAACCGUCUGCUAUCCCAGAAGUACAGCAUGUGGUAACCGCUCCAAAACCCCCACUUCCAGAGCCUAAAACUUCUAAGACUGUUGAACAACAAAAACCAACUUUAGCUCCCAAAGAAGCAAAACUCACACCUUCUGCAUCUAAACCUAGACCGCCUGGCAGACCCAGAAAGCCACAAAUUAAACCUGUGGUGGAAUCUAUUACACUUAGAGUUGAACCACCAAGGUCAACAAUAGCUCCCAAGGAGAUUCCUCGCAUUCCUUCUAAACCUAAACCUUCACCCAAACCUCAUAUUCCACAGGCUAAAGAUGUCCUGGAAUCUGUAACGUUUAGAACUGAUCAACCAAAACCAACAAUAGUUCCAAAAGAAUCACAUCGUAUUCCUUCCAGACCUAGGGUACCACCAAGCUCAGAGGUGCCACAGACCAAGCCUGCUCUGGAACCAAUUACGUUUAGAACUGAAAAACCAAAGUCAACGUCAGUUCCUAGAGAGACACGUUAUGGGCCUUCCAAACCCAAAACAUCUCCCAGUCCACGUGUUCCUCCAACCAGAGCAAGUCCAAAAGAAAGUCGACGAGUCACUGCCAAGCCUAGAACAUCACCAAUUCCAGAUUUACCACACACAAAACCUGCUCCUAAAGAAACACAACAAACUUCCUUUAAACCUAAACCAGCUCCCAUUCCAGAUGCUUCACAACGCAAGCCUGGAAUCAUUCCAUCCUUCCGCGAACCUGAUUCUACUAUGAUUCCUCAAAUGCCUCAAAGAAUAAAACCAACACUGGCUGCAACUGAAAAACCAUUCAUUCAUACCAAACCAAAAACAUCUGAAAAACCAAGAGUGCCAUACACCAGACCUGCAGUACAUCAAACAACCCCACAAACAAUUAUCACAAAAACUUCCACCACCACUGAGCAGUCAAGGGCAACAAUGGCUCCAAAAGAAACAACACUCCUUCCUUUCAAACCUAAAUCAUCUGUUGAGACAGAAGUGCCACAGACUAAAACUGCUCCAAAGACAACACACCUGGGAUCAAUUAACCUUAUAACAGUUCAUGUUGUUGAUGGGUCCAAAAUGACUUUGGUUCCCAAUGAAACGUAUCAGAUUUCACCCAAACCCAAAACUGCUCUCACUACUGAAAUUCCAUGGUUGUAUACAGCAGGACAUAAAACACGUCUCACUUCUUUAAGACCAAGGCCAUCUGAUAAAUCACAGGCCAGACCUGCUCCAAGUAAAACCACAGUAGCACCAGCUAGAACAAAAGCACCUGGCUUGCCCAAGUGGAUUGUGCCAACAACAGAUGACAUAUAUACACCUGAGGAUAUUGCCAGACAUAUUGGCAUGGAUGUAAAAAAACCUUUGGAAUAUAUUGACACCUGGGAGAAGCCAUUCUCUGGAGCUACAUCACCUAGACCUCAGCAUCCUCCUAUACCUCCUGUCAAGCCUACACCAAUGAGAAGAAAGCCUCUGCCUCCAAACACUGUGACGGGUAAACCAGGCAUGCCAGCUAAACCAGCUGGACCAACAAUGCCCGUGAAGACAGGAGUGCCAUAUAAGACACCAACAGCUUUUGCAACUCCAGAGUAUUAUGUUGAUGCAACUGUCUUCAGUUCAAGCCCUACAUCAGAAACAGACUCUUCAGGCAAACCAAGGUACCUAGCACCCCAUGUCAAAUAUAUGAAGAAAGAUGAUGAUGUGCCUUGCUCUAUCACAAGCUCUCUUGAACAUUUCCCUCAAGAAGAGGCUGGCAUAAAAGAAGAACCUACUCGUCCUCCACAGAAUCCUCCCACCAACCUCACAGUUGUGACUGUUGAGGGCUGUCCAACUUUCGUCAUAUUGGACUGGGAAAAACCAGACAAUGAUACUGUUACUGAGUAUGAGGUCGUGUCAACUGAAAAUGGAGCGACUGAUGGUGAAAAGGAGAAGUCAAUUAUCACUACAAAUCAAACUCAUUCUACUGUGGAAAACCUAAAACCUGACACAAGUUACGAAUUCCAUGUGAAACCUAGAAACCCCCUUGGUGAAGGUCCGAGUAGCAAUGUUGUGGCUUUCAGUACUGAAUCAGCGGACCCAAGAGUGAGUGAGCCUAUUUCAAUGGGAAAGGAUGCUAUCUGGACUGAAAUCCCAUUCAAUUCUGACUCUUACUCAGAAUGCAGAGGGAAACAGUAUGUGAAAAGGACCUGGUAUAAGAAGUUUGUAGGUGUGCAGCUGUGUAAUUCGUUAAGAUAUAAGAUAUACCUCAGCGAUUCACUUACAGGAAAAUUCUAUAACAUAGGAGACCAGAGGGGCCAUGGAGAAGAUCACUGCCAAUUUGUAGACUCGUUCUUAGAUGGAAGGACAGGACAGCAAGAUGAUCUACCAGUCAAAGACGGAUUUUUCAGGGCAGUUCGUCAGGAACCUGUCAAGUUUGGAAAAAUAGGUGGGGAGACUCACAUCAACUACGUGCGCUGGUAUGAGUGCGGAACAUCAAUUCCUGGGAAAUGGUAGAUGUGAUGGGGACCUGGUGAGGAGACCCAGCACCAAGCACCCUUGCGAAUGCCCCAAGCAAGCUCAAAGAUGGGAAUGUAUGGUAUGCCUGUCACUUACACAAGUUUGCUGGCGUGUAAGAUUUAUGCAAGUCUAAUGCCAAUACUGCAUUAAUUGUGUAAUAGCGUAGGCUGCUUACUGUAGUUAUCCAGUUUUACAGAUUUGUCUUUAGAUUGGAAAAAAAACAACCACAGGGUAGGGACACGGUGUAGGAUAAUGUAUAGGGAAGCUGGCUCCCUAUUCUUGAGGUAUGGUUUCUAAGGUAUUUUAAGAGAUACGGUGUGUAUAUUAUUUAUCACAAUGUUGUAAUAAAUGUUUAAGGCACAGUUAUGGUAAAAGUUGGUCAUGGAAUGCAGUAUGUGUUAGUUUUUAAAUAUUCACUGGUCUUGUAACGUAAGUGCCAUAAGCUAUCUGCCCAGGUAAAUCUGCCAUGUUUCCCCCAUCAUAAAUUAUAAAAAAGUCCCCACAGGUUUUAAUAACCAGGAAACUUGAAGUGCUUUCUCCUUACACGUACAAACAGCCCAUACUCCUGCCCAAAUACUGAGUGUAAUUGUGUGUGGAUCUUUGAAUGAUAGAGUUUGUGUUUUUUUCCAUAUUUGUUUCCAAAUGCAAGUUUCACCUCCAGCAAAACCUUCAGUAAGGUCGGCCCGUGGCUGUGGAGUUAGAAGUGCUGCAGUGGUUAGUGAGGCAGUGGUUUGUGUUCCUCUAAUGAAAGCAGGCAGGUACACGUGUAUGUGGAGAAACAUGAAACUGGUCUCCGUUGCUGUGGCGUACCGCAGAAGUGCUGUUUUCAGAGACUGAGUGGUUCAAAAAUGAGAUGUAUGUACAUUGCAGGAAGGUCCGGGACAAUAAGUGAAAUGAGAAAAAUAAGCGGGCAUAAUGGCGUCAUCGGUCAGAUUUGGUUUAUUAAGAAGGAAUGCUUUAAAACAUUGCUCAUUGGGGAAAAAGGGGAAAUAGUGAUAACUGAACUUUUAAAACUGCUUUACGGCAAUUAAAACCUCUCUCAAAGCUACUUGUUGUACUGCUUGAACAUUUAUGUACUAAAUAAAGAGAUGUAGGUUUUUUUUAAAAAAGGUGUUAUUCAUUACAUUACUAAUGUAUUGAAAAAUAUGAGCAGGACACCCAGAUAUAUAUAUAGUAGAAAUAGUCAUUUAUAGAAAAUGCCUUAUAAAGUACAUUGCAGGUACACUGUACUCCUAAUAAAAUAUUUUUUAAUCAAGCGUUUCUGCUAUUGUUUUACAUGCAAGCAAGUGCUAGUUUCUGUGCCAGCGGCUGUGGCAGAAGGGGGUCCUGUGGAAGAGGCCCCUGUUGAAUAGUUGGGUGAGCACCUGAUGUGUUAGGGUUGAGGAGCAAGUAGCAGCAAUGACAUUCCACAGCUUCCUGAUGUAUGCGUGCCUGAUUAGGAGAGCAGUGACACACAGGGAUGUGGAAGGUAGGAAUUUUUUCAGCUCCUGCUUUAUUUCCUAAUUUGUCUUGAUGAGAGUUCAAGCAACGUGCUGCUCCAUUUCAUGACUUUAUUCCCUCCUCUCAAUUUUAUGUAUUCCUAGAAUCCAUAAGACGGAAAAUAUUAACUAAGAGAGUGUUUUGCCCUUUGCUGUUUAUAUGGUUUACUGAAUUCUUUUACAGAUUUCAAUCUGCUUUUCCUUGGCUCAGCACUGAGUCACUGGGAUCACACUCUCAGAUUUUUCAGGGUAGCGAAGGACCUGUGUUAGGUUGUUCCCCUUUAACAGUUCUUUAUAAAAAUAUGGAUUUGGCUUCAUCUUUUAACUAAUGAACCAGUUUUCCCCCUACCCUGGUUGAAGUAUUUAAGGGGUUAAUUCUAAGAUUCUAUUUAUUAGCUGUAGAUAUAUUUGGAAAAAGUUACCUGACAAUUAACAACAGCAGACAGUGCAAAACCAUCUGCUGCUGCAUGGUGGCUGCAAGAGCUUUACAAUGGGUUUGCAAGGGAAGAUAACAAGGAGUGGAACAGCAUAGCUGAGUUAGAGGGACAGAGUUAGGUGGUAGUGGGGGCCCUAACCCUGCUGCACACUUGAAACCUUAUGAUGAUGAAGGCAACAGGAAGACUAAUGGUAAAUACUUCAAAAGAAUUAAGGAUUUAUCCUCCAGGAAGAUGACAAGACCAGCUGCCCAGCUGAAGUAUCUCUACACCAACACACACAGCUUGGGAAAUAAACAGCAGGAGUUAGAAGCCACCAUGCUACUGGAAAACCAUGACAUAGUUGCUGUCAUCAAAACCCAUUGGGAUGAUUCCCAUGACUGAUGGCUGCAAGCUGCUCAGAAGAGACUGGUGAGGAAGGAGGGGAGAAAGUGCUGCCCUCUACAUCAAGGGAGGAAUAGAGUGUGAAGGGCUGUCCCUUAAGAAUGACCACAAGCAAGUGGAAAGCCUGUGGGUGACAGAGACAGAAGCAACAAAGGGAGACUUGUGGUUUGGGGGUCCACUACAGGAUGCCUGAUCAAGUGGAGCCUGUUGGUGAAGCCUUCCUCCUCCAGCUUCAGCAGGCAUCGUGUUUGCAGGCUGUCGCCCUGUUGGGAGACUUCAACCACCCUGACCUGGUGGGAACGUAGCACAGUGAGCUGUGAGUGAUCCACAGUGCUCCUGGAAUGUAUUGAGGACAACUUCCUGAGCCAGGUAAUAGCCCAACCAGGGGGGAUGCAAUGCUGGACCUGCUGCUCACCAACAUGAGCGAACUGAUGGGUGACAUCAAGAUUGAAGGCUGCAGGGGCUGUAGUGACCAUACAGUGGUGGAGUCCACGCUCUUAAGGGAUAUUGGACAGGCAAAGGGUAAAAUCAGGAAGUUUAAUUUUAGGAAAGCCAACUUCCAGCUUUUCAUGUAAUUAGUCAACAGAACCCCCUGGAAAUCUGUCAAGGACAAGGGCGUAGAGCAGAACUGGUGGAGCUUUAAAUAAAGGAAGGCAAGAGAAGGGCAUGGCUGAACCAGAACCUGCCGGUCAAACUGGACAGCAAGAAGGAAAUGUGCAGGCAGUCCAGAGGUACCCUGGGUGGAGAGUAGAGGUGCUGCUGGGCUGUGUAGGGAUGGGUCAGGAAGAAUAAGGCCCAAAAGGAACUGGAGUUGGCAAGGGGUAUGGCUUCUGUAGGCACAUCAACUGGUAAAGGAAGUCCAGGAGUGUGAACCAUCCUAGUGAGCAAGUCAGGCAGGCUGGCGACAACAGACAGAAGGCUGAAGUACUCACCAUCUUUUUUGCCUCAGGCAACUGGUCUACACACAGUCUUUAAGCGAUGGUUUAGAAGGUAGGAUCUCAGGGAGUGACCCCCUUCCUGCUGUAAGCAAAGAUUGGUUUUGUAACCAUCUGAGGAACCUGAAUGUCACUAAGUUUACAGGUACCAAUGAAAUGCAUGCCAGAGUCCUAAGGGAAUUGGCUGAAACAGUCACCAAGCUGCUCUCAAUGAUAUUUGAAAAGACACGGUGGUCAAGUGAAGUUCCUGCUAACUGGAAAAAUGGCAAUGUUGCACCCAUUUUUAAGAAGGGUAGAAAGGAUGAUCCAGGGAACUACCAACCUGUCAGCCUCACCUCUGUGCAGGGGAAUAUCCUGGUAGCUAUGCUAAGGUAGCGAAGGAGGUGAUAUGAGAUAACCAGCACCUCUCCUAUGAGAACAGGCUGAGAAAGAUGGAGCAACCCAAAGAGAAGGUUCUGAUGUGACCUGAGAGCAGCCUUUCAGUAUCUAAAAGGGAGCUGGCCUUGUAAGAAAGAAGGAGACAUUCUUUAUCAUAGUUUGCUGUAUUAGCACAAGGGGAAAUGGUUUCAAAUUGAAAGAAGGGAGAUUUGGACUGUAUAUAAGGAAGAAGUUUUUUACAAUAAGGGUAGUGAGGCAUUGGCACAGGUUACCCAGAGCUGUGGUGGAUGCCCUGUCCCUGGAGAUUUCAAGAUGAAGCUGAACAGGGCUCUGAGCAACCUGAUCCAGCUGUAGGUAUCCCUGUUCAUUACAGGGGAGUUAGACCAGAUGACUUUUAAGGGUCCCUUCCAACUCCAAUGAGUCUGUGAUUCUAUGC